CGGCCUUGAGGGAAGAGGCGCCUGUUUGUCCUGGAGAAGCGGAGUCAGAGCGAGGCGGAUAAUAUUAGGGGAGGAUUUACAGAUGGGAAACUCAAACCAAACUUCAUGUCAUGAACUGACAGUCAGUCGGUUCAUCAGGACCUGAAUAUGAUCGGCCUUUGAAUGUGGAAGGAGAAAUGUUUGUCUGUUCUGUCUGUGGGAGAAGGUUUGAAGCAUCAGUGUAACUGGAAAAGGACCAAGAAACACACAUCCUAGUGAGGGUGUUCCAGUUAACUAACUGUGGAAGGAGUUUUAACAAGUUACACAGCCUGAAAAUAAAUCACACCAUUCACAGCGGGGAGAAACUGUACAUGUGUUCUGUGUGUGGAUGAGGCUUCAACUGAUUGUCCAACCUGGAGAGACACAAGGAUACUGGUAUCAUGGAGAAACCGUGGAAAUGUGAGGACUGUGGUAAAGGAUUCAGUUAUAGAUCCCGGCUAGAAUAUCAUCGACGCAGUCACACCUGGGCCGGCACCGUGGAAAAACAAUGGAAAUGUGAGGACUGUGGUAAAGGUUUUGAUUAUCCAUCCCGGUUAGAAAACCAUCGACGCACUCACACUGGGGAAAGGCCAUUCACCUGCUCCGUGUGCGGCAAGGGGUUUACUCAGCCUACCUGCCUAAUGUUACACCAGAGAAUUCACACUGAGGAGAGGCCAUUCAGCUGCACUUCCUGUGGAAAGAGGUUCAGGUCUUCAUCUGACCUCAAUCAACAUCAGCGAGUUCAUACUGGGGAGAGACCGUUCACCUGCUCCAUGUGUGGGAAGGGGUUCACAAAGUCAUCCAACCUGGUGACUCACCAGCGAAUUCACUCUGAGGAGAAGCCAUUCAGCUGCACUUCCUGUGGAAAGAGGUUCAGGUAUACAUCCAGCCUUGAAGAACACCAGCGAGUUCACACUGGGGAGAAGCCGUUCACCUGUUCAGUGUGUGGGCAGGGAUUUACUCAGUCAUCCAGCCUGGUGAGUCAUCAGCGAGUUCACACUGGGGAGAGGCCGUUCAGCUGCACUUCCUGCGGGAAGAGUUUCAAGCAGUCAUACGCCCUUGUUGAACACCAGCGAGUUCACACUGGGGAGAGACCAUUCACUUGCUCUGUGUGUGGAAAGAGAUUCACUGUAUCAUCCACCCUUAAGUCACACCAGCAAAUUCACACUGAGGAGAAGCCAUUCAGCUGCACUCACUGUGGAAAGAGGUUCAGAUGUUCAUCUGCUCUCUUUGCGCACCAGCGAGUUCACACUGGAGAGAAACCGUUCACCUGCUCUGUGUGUGGGAAGGGAUUCACUCGCUCCUGCAGUCUAGUGACACAUGAGCGACUUCAUAAGUGACUGCAGGAGUUGGAUUUUGCUCAUUUUGCUGCUGUUAAUCACAUCCA